AUGAAGGUUCAAGCGCUUCCCAUUCUGCCCGCCAUUGAUCUCUACCCCCCGUCGCCAUCGACUGAUAUCCUCGACUUCGGGUUCUUCUACACCGAGGACCGCCGAGUUCCCGACCCUCGUCAAACUCAGUCGGUACCUUCAUCGAUCCACGGAAGCCCUCGGCGGAUGCCUGGUUUGUGGUGCGUGGGCGACACUGCUGCCAACAACAAUCCCGCUGCUCAGGAGACUACCGCUGAGUCUUUCCCUCCUCAACCUUUCCAAUAUUUAACCCCUGUUCCUCUCCCGACGUCGGAACAGGAUGAAGCUGCGGCUGAGCAUGCGAACAGGCUCCCCGGGAACACUGUUGUGCGUUUACCUACGCCUCCACACAUCGUAUCUUCCACGGCAGCGAGCGUCGCCCCGCUUGCCGACUCGCGUGCCAGCUCAGCCCAUAUCUCUUCCCUCAAAGCCGUCAUUCACUGCGAACCCACCCCUUGCCCCUCUACGGCUCUCUUUCCCUCCCAGGCCUCGUUACCGACUCCUCCAGUAACGGCACUUCCGUCCUCUCCACUUCCCGUCCCCUCACCAGUCACGGUGCCGACCACGAUUUGUUCCAGUUUUGCCACUCUUCCCUCCACUGGAACAUUCACUCCGUCUACCUCGGUGCCACCCACGCCUGCGAUGAAAUCAGCAUCUCAUCCCACGCCUCAGACAGCAGUUCCCACUGCUUCAAAAACUCCCGCUCCAGCACUAAAGCCUUCUAUGGCGACUUUGAAAGCAGACGGCACGUGCAGAAAGCCACGCGGCAAGCUCGACCACGACCGCCAGCGGCGCGAAGCGCAAGAGGCUGAGGUUGAAGCGAGGAUUGCCAACCGCCAAGCUUCUCGUAAGAGGAAGAAGGAGAAGCGGGAGGCGAAGCGGGAAGCGAAGCUUGCGGCCCGAGCUGCCAAUUCGGGCCUUUUGAACAGCCAUGCCGAUCUGUUAGAGGCCUCCGAGCCUGCCAAGGGAGCUGAGGCUGGUGAGGAAGUAGGGUCAGCCCAGGAGGCCGAGCCCGCCGAGAACGAAGAGGACACGAAACCGAGAACGGAGGCCAACAACAUUGGGACUCCAGAUGGUCUCUUCAUGUCCACUGGCCUCGAGGUCGGCGAAGACCCUUCCGAGGGCCUCAUCCCAGCUGUUCUGAAGCUCGGCAAAGGAACGAACAUGGCUCUCGACAGCACCCAAGACGGCAUCGACAACCUCAUAACCAGCGUUUGUCAGUCUACCGCGUAUGGGAAACUUCUCCAUGUGUCCGACAUCCAUGCGACUGAGGAGCUGUCUGGCGGUCAGGGGAGUGGGGUGGUCGCCCAUUUGGAAAGCCAUCUCGGGAGAAAUUCCUCCGAGCUGCUCCCAACAACUCCUCCCGAGGAGAAGUCCAAGAAGAAGAAGAAGAAGGCGAGGAACGACAAGAGGAAAGUCGAGCCUACUGCAGAGGCUCUCCCGCCCCAGCUGUUCAUAGGGAAGGCCCCGGUUCACCUGCAAUUCGACGACGACGACGACGAGGACAUCGUUGAGGCGCUUCUCGACAUUGGUACUCUCGCGGGUCCUGCUGACAGCGAGCCCGCGGUUGACCUGGUCUUGAUCGGCGUCGACCCUAUAGACUUGAAUAAUCAGGUCUCUAGCGGGCCCGAAGAUUCGGACCCGCUUAGCCCUUUCGGCUUGACUGCAGCUAUCAACGGUGAAGACGGUGGAAGCGGGCCCGAGCUCCUUGGUCCCAUUCAAGGGCUGGACCACCGAGGGAAGCAAAGCAGCUUUACAAGCGAGGAGUUUACCGACCUCGGGGCCUGGACGCCAAAGGUUGCUUCAAACAGCCUCGAACUGAUCUUGGGCGACGCCUCCACUCCUGAUCUCGCGACUAUCACGGAGCCAAUCGCAUCUACAAUCACCGUUCCAGGUUCCAAAUCGAAGUCGAAGAAGAAGAAGAAGAAGAAGACGGCCACGGCAGCCGCGGCUCCCCAAGAGGCAUCACACGCAGGCAGCGAGGCAACACAACCCUCGACGUCGGUUGUUUCCUCCAAAGGCGACGGCGGUGGUGUGCCGAUGGAGCGCUUCGUCCGCUCCAUUAGCGCCGGUGUCCCAGCGAGGUUGCGAGCAGCCGACCCUCAGAACAGUGAAGAGGCCCACCCCGCGAUUUCAUCCAACUAUGUCCAGGCACCAACCCAAACACUAUCAAACGAGGCGGCUCGGACUCCAACCCAGAGCUGUUCGCCACCGUCAACGCCCGCCUCAAGCUCCUUUGCGGAAUUCGGGAGCAUGAGCUCUCCCCCUUCAUAUAAACAGCAUCCCUCGUGGUGGUACCCUUGGGCUCUUCUGAAGCACCUUCGACGCCUUCGUAUCCGCGCGCUGAAAUUCGUCGUUAAUGAGGAGAACGCGAGACGACGGCGAUACGUCUUCACCUCUCUCUGUCCACUGUUCAAACUCGAGGUCAACGGCUGCUUUGAGCACUUGAUCAAGCAGCAAUACACAAUGGGUUGUUGCGACCAGCUCAAUCAUGCGUGGAAGCUUCUUGUACACACCGUGUGGAGAGCCGAGGGUGCAUUCUGCAAAAUCGAAGGUUGGCAGCAGGUCCAGAACGUUCCGGCCUCCCUCCGACGUGACGAUCUACCCCUUGGCGGACCAUCGUUGAAGGUCAUUGCCGCCACUAGAGAAGACAACGACGAUGACUGGGCGAAGAUAAACGCGGUGCUGGAGGUGAAGCUGGCGGCAGGCGAGCAGUAUCUCUCAAACCCGAGAACAUCGUCCUGUGACUAUUACUACGUAGUUUGA